CAUGUGCACAUCGAUAUGCUUCGCACCAUCAUACAUAAUUAAUACGAAACUCUCGCUCAUCGCAUGCUCCAACUCAAGAGCUACUAUUGAGCCAUAGUCUCUCUGGCGCGGGAACCCUAGUCUCUUUGGCGCGGGGACCCUAGUCUCUCUGGCGCUGGGACCCUAGUCGACCUUGGAGCAUCGUGCUUCUGGCGACAUCAGACCAACGCAUAUUCGUAUCUUUACUGACUUCUGCGCGAGAUCGAACGCUGGGCAUAUGUGGAAGCUAGUACCGCAGCACUCGCCAUGGAUGAGGACUCUGCCCGUGCUAUCGACUGCUAUGCACAAAUAUUAUCAAGAAAUUCCAGGACGAGCUCGGCGAAAUCGGCUUGCCCUUUCUGCCUGUCCCAGGACAGGCUGAAGCGCGGGGUCCCCCGUUCACGUUCAAUGCCAACAAAUACCUCAGCGACGACACAGCCACGGUUCCGGUGAAUCCCGGGGCCAGUGUCGGGAUCAUCGGUGGCGGCAUCGGCGGGCUCUACGCCGCAUUGCUUUUGCAAGACAUGGAAAUUCCGUAUACUAUCUACGAGGCGAGCAACCGCAUCGGCGGUCGGCUGUACACGUACAGGGACUUCCCUAACCAGCAAACUCGCUACGACUACUUUGAUGUCGGUGCAAUGCGCUUCCCGAAGACGCCAAUCAUGGAGCCUGUGUUCGAUCUCUUCAAGUUGCUCAGGCUGAAACUGCUCGAUUAUUACUUCGUGGACCGGUACAGCAACUCGACGCUGUUCUACAACAACGUCGUCCGGCAGCGCACUGGAGGCCAGAUCACCGCUUUCGACUUCAAAUGGGACCCCGUACCCCCGCACUGGGGCGACAAGGGCGUGCAAGCGAAUGUAGACAACGUCGUGGGUCCCUUCAAGAAGCAGCUGAAAGAAGACGUGCGCAAUGAGAAUGAGACAGAUAAGGGGUGGGGGCUCAUGAUGAAAUACGAUGUGUGGUCGAUGAAGGCGUACAUGGCUGGGGACCGCAAGGAUUACGACGCUAAGCUGGACGAACUUAACCUUCUACCAUGCCCGCUCAAUGUCGUCGAGUGGUGCGAGACGUUCACCUCCUCGACAUCGUCGUACGACCGCGCCCUCACGGAGAUUGUCCUGGACAGCCUAGCGUUUGAUAACGCCGACAAGGCCGAGUGGCACUGCAUCGACGGCGGAUCCAGCAAGCUGGCCGAGGAGCUGAACACGUAUUUGGAGACAAAGGCCGAACGCAUCCCGCAUAUACUGCACAAGGACACGCGCAUCACGCGCAUUGAGCUAGAGGAGGAGAACCUCUCGAUCAACCUGUACACCGAGCAGGGUCAGAAGAUUCCUCACGGGCACGUCAUCACGACUACGACGCUGCCAUGCUUACGCGUAAUGAAUACCUCGGAGGCAAACCUCGACAUCUGGCAGAGGAAGGCGCUGCGCUCGCUCACAUACACUCAGUCGGUCAAGGUCGGCGUCAAGUUCAAGACGGCGUGGUGGCAGGACGACGGGUUGAUGAAGAAGUUCGGCGCGUUCGGCGCGAUUAUCGGCGGCCAGUCUUUCACCGACUAUAUGUCCCGCCGUGUUGUGUACCCAUCGUACGGCGCUGGCGAAAAGGUGCCGUCGUCCGUGCUCAUCGCGAGCUACACGUCGACGGGCGAUGCGCUCGCAUGGACGGGCCUCACAGGCUCUGGUGCCGAGGCGAUGAUUAAGCGCAGGGUCCUGGAUGACCUUGCCGCCAUACACCGCUUCAACAAGCAAGGGCGCGCGUUCCUGGAGGAGCAGUGGGAGGCGAUGCAUCCGUAUAGCUGGGGCACGGAUAAGAACACAAUGGGCACGUGCCUACAGGCUGCAGUCUUCGGCCCCGGCCAGUUCCGGGAGCUAUAUGUACACCUGACGCACCCCGCCGCCGAGGGUAGGCUGCACUUCGCGGGAGAGGUUGUAAGCGCACGGCAUGGGUGGGUCGCCGGCGCCCUACAAGCGUCGCACCGCGCCGUAUACGGGAUUAUAUGCACCAGCUACCCGAGCAAGCGCAAGCAUUUCGAGAACACAUGGGGGUUGCAGGAGGCGUGGGGGAGAAAGUCUCUCAUGAAGCAGGUCGCCCUAACCUUAGAGCAUGCCUUUCCGCUCGAAGCGUAAAUGUGGACGAGGCUUGUAAUGAAUCAUGAAUCAUGAU